AGCAAAAUGGGUGGCCCCAUCUUCGUCUCUCUUCAGAGAUCGCAUUGCAUAACCCCGUUAUCCCAAGCCUCUCGUUCUUCCUCCAGCAGCUAUCGCCCCGCCGUUAUUCUUCCUGGUUUAGGGAACAAUUCGGGUGACUACCAGAAGUUGCUUCGGACAUUGAAUGGCAAGUAUGGCGUCCCCACUGUGGUGGCUAACGUAUCGAGGGUUGAUUGGCUGAGGAAUGCCGCUGGUUUGGUCGACCCCAACUACUGGCGUGGCACUCUUAAACCUAGACCUGUGCUGGAUUGGUAUUUGAAGAGGGUUCAUGAUGCUGUUCAGGAGGCAAAGGAGUUGGCAGAAGGUGCGACUUUAUCCUUGAUUGGACACUCAGCAGGAGGAUGGCUUGCACGGGUCUACAUGGAAGAAUUUGGGAUGUCCCAUAUUUCCUUGUUAUUGACUCUCGGAACCCCUCACCUCCCACCUCCAAAGGGCACACCUGGGGUCAUUGAUCAAACACGGGGUCUCCUGAAUUAUGUUGAACAAAACUGCUCAAAAGCUGUUUACACCCCUCAAACGAAGUAUGUCUGUAUUGCUGGAAGGUAUAUUGAAGGGGCUCAGUUUUUUGACCAGUCAAAUGCAAAAAUUGAGUCUGUGGUUCCGAUAAAUGGUUCUCAGCCAGCUCCUGAAGCUGCCGUUAUGAGUGCUUCAAGCAAUUCUCCACCUAUUAAUACGACUUUCCGAACUCGCUUUGUUGGACAAGGGUACAAGCAGGUUUGUGGGCAGGCAGAUGUGUGGGGUGAUGGUGUGGUGCCAGAGGUAUCAGCCCAUCUUGAGGGCGCACUCAACAUUAGCUUGGAUGGAGUUUAUCACUCACCUGUUGGUUCAGAUGAUGAGUUGAGACCUUGGUAUGGCUCCCCUGCUAUUCUAGAGCAAUGGGUAGAACACCUUCUCAAUUAAAUUCAAUGGAUCAAUCAGCAUUUUGUUCAUGCGCCUUAUUUAGUCUUCUAGAGUUUGUUGUUGACAGAGCACAAUGAUAUCACGUAACCUCACUUAGUAGGGUAAAGUUUAAUGUUGUGGUACCUAGUAUUUUG